AUGGCGAAAGUAGCUCUUCCUUUACAUUAUCCGGCUACCGAUCAAAAGUCUACAUCAUUCAUCCUCACGGAAUCAAUCCAUAUCAUCGAAGUCGAGGUCGAAGUCGACAAGGCCAAGGUCGUCUCCAAUAGCAUCAGCUCUCGAACUCGUAACAACUCCAAACCCAAACCCAACGUCGCACAACACCCCGCCACCACCACGAAUACCAAUAAUGCCAAUAUUAUACCGCCACAAAUCUCUGCAAUCGCAUCAACAGGCCUGUCCCACCGUUUAUCUAUUUCCACCCAGAAGAACCAAAAAUACCACUACUACCACCUUCUAACUUCAACAAAUAACUACGCCCUUUCUACCAUUCAAAACCACUAUACACCUUCUUCGCCAACCCUUGAAUCGCUAUUCAUGGAAGCAACCUCCUGUCGUUCUUCACAACCCGGCAUUGAAACUUUAGUUUCGGUUUACAACUACAUAAGGGGUCAUAAACACCCCAAUGGCCUAUUCCCACCAUACCAACUCGGCAUUUCUAGUGAUGACGGGGUUUUGAGUGUUUAUAGGAGUUAUAAAGGCGAAGAUUUGAAUUUUUGUCCGACUUCAAAUUCUUCUACUACUCUUGGUGGUAACGGAAGAGGAAAUAUGGGAAAGGGGAAGGGAAUAUGGUGGAGUGAUAUUAUGUAUGAAGUUUGGAGGCGGUAUAGUGCCUCUUCUUCCUCCUCUUCCUCAACAACAACUCCUUCAAGAUGUUUAAGGAAUACAGGAGAUAUAAUGCCAAAACUUAGGUUUGUGGCGAUACCGGAGGUGAAUAAUGAAGAAGUCAAGACGGUUACGACCUAUGCGUUUCAAAAGAAAAUGUUGGAUAAGGAAUGUGAUAUGUUGGUUGUUGAUCGGGAUGAUAAAGCUUUUGGUGGAGGAGGAGAGAGCUGGACGCUUUUUGAUGCGUUUUUGGGGACGGCGAGUAUCAAGGCGAUUAAUAGAAUGACGAUGGAUCAUGCAGAUGAACUGGGAUAUAUCGCCCCAAUAAGGAUAUACGUGAAGUAUAGUAGGUUUGAAUACCCUCAUAUCGGUGAAAUUUUGUUACCAAACUUGUUGGUGGAGAUGAGGAGGGUGAAGGUUUAG